UCGCUUACACACCUCCCCUUAUUUCUCCGAUCACAAAGCUAACCGACUAAGAAGAGCACGUCAGGAUGUCUGGACGAGGAAAAGGCGGAAAAGGCCUUGGAAAAGGCGGCGCCAAGCGGCACCGUAAAGUUCUCCGUGAUAACAUUCAGGGUAUAACCAAGCCAGCCAUUAGGCGUUUGGCUCGCCGUGGAGGCGUGAAGCGUAUCUCUGGUCUGAUCUACGAGGAGACUCGCGGCGUGUUGAAGGUCUUUUUGGAGAAUGUGAUCCGCGAUGCCGUCACCUACACCGAGCACGCCAAGCGCAAGACCGUAACCGCCAUGGACGUGGUGUACGCGCUCAAGCGCCAGGGCCGCACCCUGUACGGCUUCGGCGGCUAAAGACACAUUUCCGGACUUCACAAUUCGAAAGAAAAAACACCCAAAGGCUCUUUUAAGGGCCGCCCAAUUAUUCUUCCUAAGAGCAAACUCCAAAUUCUGCCCUUUCUUAUACUGUCACUGAGCUUUUUAAGAUAAUUUUAUUCUUAGCAAUAAAUAAUUUUAUAUAA